AAGCUUUAAACAGAUAACUGAAAACAACACUCUUUCAUGGCCCAAACUCUUUAAUCGAAAUUUUAUUGAGGUAGAAAGUGAACUUAAUAAUGUGCUUGGUCCUUCUGUUGACAAUUUAGAAGAAUUGAGAUAUUAUCCAAAUCUUAACAGUGUUGAUAUAGAAGCAUUUAUACAACAAGUUUGUAGCAAUGAAGCUAUUUAUGAUAAAAAUUUAAGCACAAUUACAACAUUUUUACAAAUAGCAAUACUAAGCCACUAA